UCUCCAUAAAAAGAGAGCUACAAACUAAAGCCACGCCCAAAACCCUAAAAAGAAAGAGAAAAAAUCCACAUCCAUUUUUCAGUUUUUAGCCAUUAAUAAUCAAUGGCUUUGUAUCUUCUGUACGAAUCUGCAUCUGGGUAUGCUUUGUUUUUGGCCCAUGGAAUCGAUGAAAUCGGUCAGAACACAGAGGCUGUUCGUAACUCAAUCACUGACCUUAAUCGCUUUGGAAAAGUUGUAAAGCUUGAUGCUUUUACUCCUUUUGAAUCUGCCCUUGAUGCUCUUAAUCAGUGCAAUGCUGUCUCUGAAGGGCAAAUGACUGAUGAGUUGAGGAACUUUUUGGAGCUUAAUCUUCCAAAGGUCAAGGAAGGUAAGAAGCCUAAGUUUAGCUUAGGGGUAGCUGAAUCCAAAGUUGGGUCUCACAUUUAUGAAGAAACUAAGAUCCCCUGCCAGUCCAAUGAGUUUAUUUCUGAGAUCAUUCGUGGUAUUCGUUUCCAUUUUGAUAAGUUCAUCGAGAAUCUCAAGCCUGGUGACUUGGAGAAAGCUCAACUUGGUUUGGCCCACCACUAUAGCAGGGCAAAAGUGAAGUUCAAUGUUAACCGUGUUGACAAUAUGGUCAUUCAAGCAAUCUUCCUUCUUGAUACUCUAGAUAAGGAUGUGAAUUCUUUUUCCAUGAGAGUUAGGGAGUGGUACUCAUGGCAUUUCCCAGAGCUAGUAAAGAUUGUCAAUGACAACUAUCUUUAUGCUAAACUUGCAAAGUUUAUUGAUGACAAGUCACAGCUGUCUGAAGAUAAGUUAGAAGGCCUAAUCGAUAUCCUUGGGGAUGAAGAUAAAGCAAAGGAAGUGAUAGAAGCCGCCAAAGCAUCUAUGGGCCAGGACUUGUCACCAGUCGACUUGAUUAAUGUCAAGAUGUUUGCACAACGUGUGAUGGACCUUGCUGAAUACAGGAAGAAGCUUUUUGAUUAUCUUGUUUCUAAAAUGAGCGACAUUGCACCAAAUCUGGCUGCAUUGAUUGGCGAAGUUGUUGGUGCUCGUCUAAUUUCUCAUGCUGGUAGUCUCACAAAUCUGGCCAAGUGCCCUUCGUCUACCCUUCAAAUCCUUGGUGCUGAGAAAGCCCUGUUCAGGGCUUUGAAGACUAAAGGGAACACCCCAAAAUAUGGUCUCAUCUUCCAUUCUUCUUUCAUUGGGCGUGCAUCUGCAAAAAACAAAGGUCGAAUGGCUCGUUACCUAGCUAACAAGUGCUCAAUUGCUUCACGAAUUGAUUGCUUCUCAGAGAGCAGCACUACUUCUUUUGGAGACAAGCUUCGUGAACAAGUGGAGGAGCGUCUUGACUUUUAUGACAAGGGUGUUGCACCCCGUAAAAACAUUGACGUUAUGAAGUCUGCCAUGGAGGAAGUUGCUAAUAAAGAAAUGGAUGUGGAUAAAACUUCUGAAAAGAAAAACAAGAAAAAGAAAUCAAAAGAUAAUGAUGAAAAGGCAGAUGACAAAGAGAACGAUGUUGCAAAUGGAGAUGCCGCAGAACCUAAAUCUGGAAAGAAGAAAAAGAAGCGAGCUCUUGAAGAGGAGUCCGAGCCCACUACAAAUGGCAAAGAAAAUGGGACAACAAAUGGUGUGAAUGCUGAGAAUGGAACAGAAAAGAAGAAGAAAAAGAAGAGCAAAGACGUUGAGAUGGAAGAUGUACCUGCUGCUAGCGAAGGUAAGAAGAAAAAGAAGAGCAAAGAUGUUGAGAUGGAGGAUGUACCUGCUGCUAGUGAAGGCAAGAAGAAAAAGAAGAAAAAGUCAACCGAGUGAAGAUGAAGAAGAUAGUGUUAAAGGGUAAGUUAUUAAUAGUUGUAUUUUGCCUUGCCAACCUAUGUAACAUGGCCUGCAUUUUGAUGUCAUGCUUUCUUGUUAAACUUGAAUUGUUUUUAUAAACUUAAUGGCGGAAGUUAGUUAGGUUAAAUUCAUGGUGAAGUUUUGUUGUA